GACCAGCCCGGGCCGUUCUCGCGUCUCUCCGGGCCGGCUGCGGGCCUCUCUGGCCGGUGCUUUGCCCGGGCGCCUCCGUGCGCUCGGCCAACGGCCUGUGAGAGCGCUCCCCCGAGCGCCCCGGGAGCCGGCGGGCGGCGGCCCUCGCCGGGGACCUCCAGCGGGCCGAGGGGGACAAAAGUGACUGUAAAUCCAGCCAGUGCACUUUGCAACAAGAAAGGAUUUAAUAUGAAGCCCAGAAGCAGAUAGUGCCAAGUCGCAAGCAGUAGUUGGUACACAUUUCUGGAAAAGCAGUGUCCGUGUUGUUAUGUACACCUACAAAAAGUUCAGAUCAGUAGGGGCGUUGUGCAAAGUAAACUGAACUACAGGGUAGCAGUAUUUUCAUAGUUAUUAUAGACGUGUACUUACUGUAUUAAAAAUGAGUAAAAGAAAAAGCAGUGACACACCACUAGGAAGUGUGAGUGGGGCAGCGUUUCCUUCUCCCACAGCUACUGAAAUGGCAGAAAUUAGUCGCAUCCAGUAUGAAAUGGAAUACACCGAAGGUAUUAGUCAGCGAAUGAGAGUCCCAGAAAAAUUAAAGGUAGCACCACCAAACGCUGACCUGGAACAAGGAUUCCAAGAAGGAGUCCCGAACGCGAGUGUGAUUAUGCAAGUUCCAGAGAGGAUUGUUGUAGCAGGAAAUAAUGAAGACAUUCCAUUCUCAAGACCAGCAGACCUUGACCUUAUUCAGUCAACUCCUUUUAAGCCUCUGGCACUAAAAACACCACCUCGUGUACUUACUCUAAGUGAAAGACCGCUAGAUUUUCUGGAUUUAGAAAGACCCACUCCAACCCCUCAAAAUGAAGAACAGAUCCGUGCAGUUGGCAGGCUAAAAAGAGAGCGCUCUAUGAGUGAAAAUGCUGUUCGCCAAAACGGACAGCUGGUCAGAACUGACUCCAUGUGGCACAGAUCAGAUUCUGCCCCAAGAAAUAAAAUUUCAAGGUUCCAGGCACCGAUUUCUGCACCGGAGUACACUGUGACACCAUCGCCACAGGUCCGGGUCUGUCCUCCCCGUACGUUACCUGAAGAUGGAGCUAAUCUUUCCUCUGCUCGUGGCAUUUUGUCGCUUAUCCAGUCUUCCACUCGUAGGGCUUACCAGCAGAUCUUGGAUGUGCUGGAUGAAAAUCGCAGUAUGAGAAGACAAAAUGAAUUGCGUUGUGAAAGACCUGUGUUGCGUGGUGGGUCUGCUGCCGCCACUUCUAAUCCACAUCAUGACAACGUCAGGUAUGGCAUUUCAAAUCUAGACACAACGCUUGAAGGAACGUCAGAUGACAUGACUGUGGUAGAUGCAGCAUCUUUACGACGACAGAUAAUCAAACUAAAUAGACGGCUACAACUUCUAGAAGAGGAGAACAAAGAACGCGCUAAAAGAGAAAUGGUCAUGUAUUCAAUUACUGUAGCAUUCUGGCUGCUGAAUAGCUGGCUCUGGUUUCGCCGCUAGAGAUAACCUCAGCUCUCAAAACUAUUGUCUCAACAGCUGGAAAUAUAAAGAAUUUGCAAACUUC